AAUUUCAGUUUGAAGGGUUUGCUUGAGUCAAGCAAAGCUUCAAUCUUGUUUCCAGAGCAAGGUAUUAAUGGAUACUGCACUGUUUUCGCCAUCAUCACUAUUUGCCUGUAGCGACGGAAGUUCCUCUGAAGAAGAGGAUGUUCAUCAGAGUUUCGAGGAGAGGCGGCACCAUUUUCCUGGAAUGGAGUUGCUCAUUCGGGAGUUUUCAUUUCACCAGCUGAAUGCUAAUUUACUUUGGCCGGGGUCUCUUAAUUUUGCUGAAUGGCUAGUUCAGAACAAGUCAUGGGUUGAAGGACGUCGAAUCAUUGAGUUGGGAAGUGGAACUGGAGCAUUAGCUAUAUUCCUGCAGAAAUCGUUUCAGAUACUAAACAUUACAACUUCAGAUUAUGAUGAUCAGGAAAUUGAAGACAAUAUAGCUCAUAAUUGCAGGGUUAAUGGAGUUGUUCCAGUCCUUCCUCACAUUAAGCAUUCAUGGGGAGAUCCUUUUCCUUGUAGUGACCCAGACUGGGACCUUGUUAUUGCUAGCGACAUCCUAUUAUAUGUAAAACAGUAUGACAACCUUAUUAAGACUCUCUCAUUUCUCCUCAACUGUUACAAGAUCAAAGGCAAUAAAGAAAGCUCUAGGAGCAGUGAAAACGAUAUGGAUACACAACAGCUAAGGCCUGUGUUUCUGAUGAGUUGGCGUAGGAGAAUAGGGAAAGAGGAUGAAUCUUUGUUUUUCCAUGGCUGCAAGAAUGCUGGUCUAGAAGUUGAACAUCUAGGAUCCCGUGUAUACUGUAUCACUCCUGGAGAGAUAAUCAUCGAGGAAGCUGCAUAAACUUUUGGUAACUGUUUAUCAGAUUUUGGGUUCAACCCUUGGUUUUAUGUUAAAUUAGGAUUGAUUACAUAACUGGAAUUUGGUCUUUAACAGUUUGGAUGGACAGUUUGUGUUCUUUUUGCUUCCAUUUUAAAACAUGUUCUCAAAAUUCAGAGGACAUCAACUAUGUUAUUAUCAUU